CUUGCCAAGCUAAGCAGACGUGCAGACGGGUCGAGAGAUAAGUUUUUGUCGCUGUUUCGUACGGGUCUACGAUUUAUGAAUGAGCGGCGCGCAGCGUGAGACAGACAUUCAUUCAGCCCAUACAAUCGCAAAGAGGCCGUGGACGAGAACGUGAACGAAAUUACAAAACAAACCGAAGAAAAUACGAUAAACAAGACACACACGAAACGAUAGCGCAGCGUAAAAGUUUAUUAAGAAAGAAAAUGUUUGUUUUGCUGCAGCAACAACAACGAAAACACCAUCAGCAACAACAACAACAACAAAAUCGCUUUUAGUAUAAACAAAAAGAAACGAGCGCGGAAAUUGCAGUUGCAAACAAAACAAACGCUUCGAUUGUCAAGACGCGGCGAACUCGCGUGUUUUUUUCGGCUUCAAUUUCGCACAGCUCCCCGCCUUCCCGCACUUAACCAUUUAUACACACACUCACACACAUAAAAAACCAGGAAAAAAUUACAGUAAAAUAUAAAGCUAAAUAGUGCGUAAAAAUCUGUUUCUGAGCUAUUCGGUUCGUUUCGGUUCCGCUGUGAGCGUGUGCGUGUGUGCUCUCGAGUGAGAAAGAGGGAGAGAGAGAGGGAGAGCGCGCCGCGUUUGUUUUUGUUUUAGAUUACAAAAUUCUGGCAUAAGCUCCAAAAGAAAAGAAAAACAUGUUGAAAUUAUAAUCGAAAUUGAAAUGUCGAAAACGAGCGCAAAACAACAAAGUAAAUGUGCGUAAUGUGAAAAGUUUUUUGAAAUUGAAUUGGAAUAUAAUCUAAUAAAUUGAAGUUGCAGAAAUAUUAGAAAUUAGUGAAGCUAAUACGAAAUAAAAAUAAUUAUAUUUGUGUGUUCAAAGAGAAUUGUCUGUGUUUUGCGCUUAAGCACAAACCCUCUUUUUCUAUCUGUGUCUCCAUCUCUUUUGCAUCAAAGCAGCUGCAAGCUCGUCUAAAAGAUUCGAAGCGUUUCGUUCAUGGAUUAAGGAGCAUUUCGUUUUUACUGCGUGCGACCAGUUGUGUAUAGCUUUUGUGUUUUCAUCUAAUUUCUCUGCUGUUGUGCAUAGUGCGCCUUGGGCGCAUGUCAAUCAUACGCAACGUGGUACGUUGUACAAAGCCAAUCAAUUGAACUAAAGCUCGCAGCUGAUAGAUUUGCAUGAAAAUUGCAACCAAAAAAGGUAAAUUAUGCAAAUGUUUUGAACUGUUUUCAGCCGGUCUCAGACUCAGAUUAAGUAUACAGAUAUGUGUAUUUGUAUAUAUAUGUAAAUAAUCACACUCCAUGGCUAUACUACAAUGUCCAAUGCUCGCGAGCUGGCAUUGAUCGAGAAAUGGGCUGACAUUGCAACGCCGCCGACGCCGACUCUGCCAGGGCUAUCGCCAACUUCGCCGCGCACCAUCAUCAAGUUCUGUUGUUGCCCGCAGCGCAGGCGCUACACUCUGAAGCAGCCCAAGUUCAAGUCGUCAGCCAACACGCUGCACGCUAGAAAUAUAUUCGUCGAUAACGAUUUUACAUAUAUUGAUGAUGUGCCACGCGCCAGCCACAACAGCAACAGCAGUAGCAGUAGCAGCAAGCGACGCCAAGAUUGCGACAGUGAUUACGAUUGCAAUGAUUAUGAUGAUGAAGCAAAUGAUAUCGCUGAGAUCUCUGGCAACAAAAGCAACAACGACCACGACGGAAAUGUGGCGUUGAUAUUAAUGAAUCAACGAAAUGUGCCUGAACAAUGGCGGCAGGACUACAAAGGCAACAUCAGCAGCAACAACAAGCGUAGCAGUGAACUAGCAGCAGCAACAGCAAUUCAUAGUAAAACUUGCGCUGUCACAAACGGCCAGCAGAGUGGCAAUGAGCAGCAGCAGCAGCAACAACAACAACAACAACAGCAGCAGCAGCCGCAGCAGCAAGAGAAACAGCAACAGCAACAACCAAUCCAAAGACUUAGCAAUAGCUUGCAACAGCAGCAACAACAACUGCAACAUAGCAAUAAGGAAAAUACACUAAGCAACAAAAGCAACAACUACAAUAAGCCGUGCUGUAAUUAUUGUAAAUUACCCGACGACGCCGUGCCCCAAACGAACAACAAAAACAAAAACUCGAAAAUUGAUUCACCGAAGUCGUCGCAGAAUAAAAUGACAAUUACGACAGCAGCAACAACAACGAACGUGGCAGCAACGGCCACAGCCAGCGAGUGUGGGUUGACACUGCCAACAUCAGCAACAGCAACGGCAACAGCAACAGCGACAACAACAGCAGAAGAGUUUGUGGGUGCUGCCACAGAAGUGCUGUGCAACGAUAAAGCAACAUUGACAGCGACAGCAACGUUGCCGCCAACAACAACACCUAAGCCCAGCAUAGCAGCACGUCCGACCACGCCCAGCCGCCUUAAGACUGUGAUCAAAACGACAAUGGUGAAGCGUAGUCCUAGCCAUGACUCAACGCAGGCAACUGCGACGCAUAUGCUGCAACCGAACAGCUGCAACACCAACAUCAACAGCAGCAGCAACAACAACAACAACAACCACAACGGCAACGACGAGCCCAGACGUUCGGUUAGGGAGCGCAUCGCCGCCUUUGCGGCAGGAAAUGAGCAACAACAAAUUGGAGCCAACGCGGCGCGGCAACAUGACAGCGGCAAGAAAUUUAGUAAAAUUCAGUGCAAUACAAAUCAAAACAACAUGACAAGCGAUGUGAAAAGUGCAAUUAGCAGUGGCAGCCUCACAACCACCACCACCAUCAGCACCAGCAGCAGUCAGCAGCAACAGCAACAGCAACAACAUCAAACGCUUAUCAACGGCAACACAACGCCGCCGGCAACAGCAGCAGCAGCAGCCAACACGUCAGUCUCCAGUGCGACUAUCGCAACUGACACGACGCGCUACAAAUCGGGAUUAAGUGAUGUAGCGGCCGACGAGGACGUUGAUGAUACAGUCAGAGCCACAUCCACAGCCACUGCAACUUCAUCUGCCACUCCUGCGCCAGCUGCAAGCGUUUUUAGCACCGGUUGUGCAACUAUGCCGCGCACUCGCCAAUACGGAAGCAAUGCUGCAGGAGCAGCGGCAGCCAACGCCAUGACAGCUGAUAAGAAAUUCUUAAGCCGUGCUUCACCCGCCGCCAACACUUCAGCGUCGGCUGCAGCUGCAGCACAGCAACAUCAUAAGCUGCAAUUUGCCGAUAAGGCCGAACUCAAAUUGGCCGCACUAGACAAUCUGGACUUGGCCCAUAGCCUCGACCUGAUAGAUGACGACGGCGAGGAUCCAUAUGUUGCACUCCAGGACUACUUGGAGCGUGUAAAGCUGGAAAUCAACGAGGUUUUCGAGUUACGCAAGGCGCAGCGCUUGCAACAGCAGCUGCAGGAGCAACUCGAAGCAGUGCGACAGGCAGCAGCGGCAGCCAAACAGCUUGAUGAAUUGUCGCGUUCUACGGAAUCUGAUAGCGGCUUUGACAGCAGCAGCACAACGGCAACAGCAACUGCAACAGCAACUGCAACAACAGCAACUGCAGUAACAGCAUCAUCAACAACAGCAACAACAGGCAGCAACAGCAAACCAGUGACAACUAAACUAAGAGCCCUGCCGCCGCCACCGCUGAACCCUGGCACAGCCUCAUGUCGACGUCCUUCGACUACUAGCCUGUCGCCUGUAGCUGCCCAACCGGAUGAUGUGAACAUUUGGGCAAACAAAUUUCUACGUGAUUUGGAUAAUCUGAUGGGCGGCGAUAAGCUGCCACCGCAUCUGGCGUCCAUGGCAGGCACAGGGUCAGAUUCAGCGUCGACCAGCAGUUCGCCCACGUCCAGGACAGCACCCAUGCUGCUCUCUGCAGCAGCCAGCGCAGCCCUGCAGAGUCGCUUUGGCAAGAACGCAGUAGUCAGCGAACAGCAGCAGCUGCAGCAGCAGCAGAACGGACUCGUCUUGAAACCGGAGAAGCAUGCAACCAUUCCACUGCAAUCGUUUAACCUUGAUUGCGGACGCAGCGAGGUGGCCGCCAAGCCGAGCGUUGCCUACAUGCGGACGCUGUCGGCGCCGGGCGGCCAUGCCACAACACCCAGAGCUGCGGCGGGUGAGCAGAGUCAGCGCAAGAGUCUAGCGCUGUCCCCAUUUAAUGGCCAUGCAGAGACGUCGACGGCGGCAGCGACGUCAGCAACUCAUAAGCUGACAAAUUUCCAAAGUGCAUUGAAAAUCGAAGAGCGCACGGCGGCAACAAGUGAAGCAACCACUGCGACCACCGUGGACGAUUUGAAAUCUAGGCGACAGCGUCAAUUCAGCGGCUUGGACAUGGAAACGGCUUCCAUGUCCAUGCCAAAACGGGUGGGCAUUAAUCAUGCAGCAGCCGCGACGUCGCCAACGUUGACGAACAGAAAUGCUAUAACCCCGCCACCAGCAAAGGCGGGAGGAGCAACAGGGACAGCAGCCACAACAGCAGCAGCAAGUGGAACGCAGCUGACCUCGGCGAAAGGCGCCGCCACGCCUGGCUAUCUGGUGGAUGUGACCAAAAAAGGCUCCACCUCAACAAUAUGGACUUCAGAGGAGUCCAUACUGCGCAGCGUUGGCGCCGUCGAUGAAGACAACAACUCCACUUCGUCGUCUUCGGCUUGCGAGGAGGCUGCCGGUGUGCUGAGCUCCGGCAAGUCCGGCAUAUCGCUCGACUCCUCUGGACUGGACAACGACAAUAACGAGAGCGGCAUUGGCACGGCCACACCGCCCAAGGACAUGUCAUACUGGAAGAGCCACCAUCUGCAGCAUCAUCAUUCGCACCACCAUCAUAGGACGGGAGGCAGUGCGCCCGACAAUGAGUCCGUAAGCAGCCUGGAGGCGCUACGCAAAAUGAAAUUCCAGAAGAGCGGCUCCGUGGCCUCCUCAGACGAUCCCGAUCUGCUUGAAGUGCUCAGCCUGUGCGGCAGUGGUGGCGAGGCGGCCAACGAGUCCCAGGACGACAUGCUGGACGAGCAGGCGGUCAAAGAGUUGCCAAACAAAGCAGCUGCCGCCGAGUAUGACGAGUGCCAGGAUGAGUUCGAGCUGGCGCAGCAUUACUGCGACUGCGACUGCACCGACGGCGAUGCGAGCAGUGCCAGUGGUGGCACUGCCUCCAUUGCUACGCCAGUUGUGCUGCGUCGCAAAUACAGCGCUGCACCGCCCCUCAUGAUGCCGUUGCCCUGUGUGGCGCGCCGCAGUCAGCGCAGCCUCUCGCUGGACCAUCAUCAGCAGCAGCAUCAACUACUGCUACAACCACGCAAGCUGCUGCCACGCCACAAUCAUAAGGAGCGCGCUCAGCUGUCGUUGGCGCUGCGCCAGGAACCCUUCCAGUCGCUGCUCUCGCCCACGGCCACGACAGUCACGCAUCUGCAUCACUUUGUGGAGCUACCUUCGCCCAGCAGCGCCUCGUUGCACAGCGACACUGGCGGCAUUCAGGAACUGACCACCAAGUCCAACUCGGCACCGCUUCUGCUUAAGGAGCGUGAGCGACGACUCCGCUGCGAUGACUUUGCCGCACAGCAUUUGACGCUGCGCUAUUCUCGUUCGCAGAGUGACCGCUAUUUAGCAGAAAUCGAAGCAGUGGAAGCUUGUAAAUGGCUGCGGGCAGCAGGUUUUCCGCAAUAUGCGCAGAUGUACGAAGAUCAUCAGUUUCCGAUCGAACUGAACAAUGUAGCCAAAGAUCACACAAAUCUCGAGAACGAUCAGCUGCAGUCACUUUACAGGCGACUCUGUGUUCUAAAUCGCUGCUCCAAUAUGCGACUGGAUCAGUCACACAAGCCGCAAACGCCACAGCAAAAGGAAGAAUCAGAUGAUGAGAACUUUGCGCUUAGCGAGAACUGGACAUUCCAACCACACAUUCGACGCUGGUCGCGUAUAGGUGAAAUGGGUCUCGAGUUGCCGCCACCGGGUCAUCUGAACCUGGAGAAAACCGAAAGCUCCUCCAAGGAAUCCAGUCCCGAUCGCUUCGAGGAUGACAGCUACGACAUAGGCGGCAUUACCCUCAUGAUACCCGGCUGCAGCAAGGGCGACGCCAAUGAUAGUUCCCUCCACGAGAGCUCGGAUGGAGCCGCCACGCGACUGCGCCGCACGGGCAGUGAGCGCUUCAAGGACGGCGCUAAGGCCUUCCUGCGGCGAGUUGAGUCCAUCAAGUCGCGGCGUCGCAAGCGCCAAAAUCGAGAGAAUGUAGUAAUAAGUGGUCCGCAAGUGCUGGAUCUGGCACAGCUGGGUCAGCGUAGCAGUAUGCGCAAGCCGGACGGCGUCUACUCCACGCCCCCCUCCCCGUCCGCGUUAAGUCCAAUACACACAUUCCCCAAGGCACCGUUCUUUGGCAACGAGCUGAAGGUGCCCAGCCACAGCGAUAAUUUCCUGAGUCCCAAUCGUUCCAGCCCCAAGCGCACGCCCACUACACCGCGCUCAAUGCGUACCAGUCCGCUGCACUUCUUCUCCAGCCCCAUGACACAGCUAAAGGAGGGCAAGUCGGACGACUCAUCCUCCUACUACAGCGAUAGUCAGGAGUCGUCGACGGGCGGAAAGCUGUCGCUUUCACUCCGCAAGCCCUCCAAAGCGCGUCGUUUUCUGCAGCGCUCCGGCAAGGUGGAUGACAUUGGUGCGCAUUCGGACUCCGAGUGCCACCAGGGACGGAAGCUGCUCAUUAAGGAUGCCAAUUCCAAUACCACUGAGGUGAAGAUAAAAAAAUUGACGCGCGGUGGCUCGCUUAAUUUGGGAAAAGAUGCCAAGAAACGCGAUGGCUUCCGCUCCUCCUCAUUCCGCUCGCGCAGCACCUCCCGCAAGGAGCAAAAGAACGAGGAGGAGCACACUGUCAGCUCCAAGCGGCAGCCCGUGGUACGCUGGCAUAGCUUCCAGAUGGAGGAGCGUCCCAACAUGAUCUUCCGUAAAUGCUUCUCACAGAAGAUCGAGCCACAUGCCCAGCAAGAGGAUGCAGGCAUUCCCUUUGCUGCCAUGUCCGCGGGUCAGUUGCAAAUCAUUCGCAAAUUGGCACUGGUAACUUUGACGGGCUACAUGGAACGCUACUGCCCGUCUCAUCGCUCUGGCUGGAACUGGGAGCUGCCCAAGUUCAUCAAGAAGAUCAAGAUGCCAGACUACAAGGACAAGAAGGUAUUUGGAGUACCCCUGCUUUUAAUACUACAACGGAGCGGUCAAGCCCUGCCUUUGGCUGUGCGCGCUGCUCUGCGCUGGCUGCAGCUCAAUGCCCUCGACCAGGUGGGACUCUUCCGCAAGAGCGGCGGCAAAUCCAGGAUUAUGAAACUGCGUGAGCAGAUCGAGCUCACCGAUUCCACAGCGGAGUGCAUGGAUGUGUUUGACCUACAGCAGGCCUACGAUGUGGCCGACAUGCUGAAGCAAUACUUCCGCGAGCUGCCCGAGUCGCUGCUGACCACAAAAAUGUCCGAGACGUUUGUGGCCAUCUUUCAGCAUUUACCCGCUGAUGUACGUCUGGAUGCGGUUCAAUGCGCCGUGCUGCUGCUGCCGGAUGAGAAUCGUGAAAUACUCUAUGUACUGCUCGAGUUCCUGACAAUUGUUGCUGCCAACUCACAGCAGAACCAAAUGACCAGCAACAAUCUGGGCGUCUGCCUGGCCCAGUCCAUAUUCCACUCGUCCAUUUCAACGGGCUCCGCAUCGGUGUCGGCCUCACCGCGACGCAAGGGCAAGGGUUCCGGUAUGCCCGACAUGAAGGAGCUAGCCGAGGCGAAGGCCUCGCACGAAUGUCUGUCCUUCAUGAUUGAGCACUACAAGCCAAUCUAUACUGCUUCCAAGGAGAAACUCGGUAAAUGCAACUUUGGCUACAUGGAGGAGUCGAAACCCGUGCCAUUGGAGGCACUCGGCGAGGGCAUGCAAUUCCACAACUGGCGUGGAUACCUAUACGAGUGCACAAGCGCCACCAUCAAAGAGGGGCGCGAGAAAACGCGUAGCUGGAUCGCCAUCAAUUCGCUGAACGACAGCAGUGUGGACAUUGCGUACAAAAAGGUUGGCGAUGGUCAUCCCCUGCGGCUGUGGCGCUGCUCUACGGAGAUCGAGGGACCGCCGCGGGAUGUGCUGGAGUACAUAAUCAAUCAACGCGCCUCUUGGGAUCCAAAUCUGCUGCAAUGCCAAACCGUCAAGAAACUGGACGAUCGUACCGAAAUCUAUCAGUAUGCUCUCGAUGGUCAGUUGACCACGGACUUUUGCGUGCUGCGCUCCUGGCAAACGGAUUUGCCGCGCGGCGCCUGCGUCAUUGUGGAGACCUCAAUUGACCACGCCAAGGCCAAGCCGCUGUUCUGUGCUGUGCGUGGUGUCGUCCUGGCAUCACGGUACCUCAUCGAACCCUGCGGAAGUGGACGUUCGCGAGUCAUGCAUUUGGCGCGCGUGGAUGUCAAGGGCAAGACUCCGGAGUGGUACAACAAGAACUAUGGGCACAUCUGCUCGCACUACUUGUCCCGCAUACGUCUGGCCUUCAAGCAUGUCGCGGAUGGGCCCGAGAGUAAGGUCUAAGCUGACAAUGCAACUUUACAGAUCGAAAUACAUAAAACCCACACACAGCCCGCUAGCAUUUCAGUAAACCUAACGAGUACACAAAAAUCCAACAACCUGGAGUGGACCACGUUGAGCUUAAAGUACACUACUCAAAAAAAGAGAAGUAACGGAAUAUAGGUAUAUAUAUUUUACUACAAUAUAUAUUUUUGUAAAUACUUAACUAGUUAUAAUAAUUCCAAAACUAUUUUACGAAGCUUCAAUACGUUUUUUGUUUAACUAUAAUUUACUGUAUUAUAUUUAUACGUGGGCUUAAUUUAUGCAUACUUUUACUUUUACUUAUACUUUAUAAAACGAAAUCUAACAUCCAAAAUACUCAACACAUAAAUAUCACAAAUGUACUUUUACGAUUUCUUACAAAAGCUUCAAAUUAUGUUUAUGGAACACCAAUAUCUUUAAUGUUAAUUAGUUCGUAGUCUUCGCAAUGUGUAAAACGUUAAACAUGGAUAAAUACUUCUAGAAAUCAGAAAAAAACGACCUUUUAAUGUGUAAAGCAAAUUCAGCUAGUCAAAUUCUAUAAUUUUAAGUUAAAUUACUAACCCCAUACACUCAACAAAAUCGUUUACCAAGUUGUCGAAAAAUUGCAUUGAUUCGGUUACGGACAGAAAAUAACCAUUUGAUUGGAUAAUAUUAAUAAUAUACAGCACAUCUAAAUGUAUUGCCUAGGCAAAUGAUAAAUAUAUAUACGGUGUAGUAUCGGAGUUAUUGCUAGUUUUAGGCACUUCGUAUAAAUAUUAUUGAUGUAUGUAUGCAUACGUACAUGUAUGAACCUUAUGAUCCUUGAUCAAUAUAUUGUAAAUGCCCAUUUUGGCACAUAUGUAGUUCUAUUUAUAUAUAUCUAUGUAUAUCUAUCUAUAUGUACUACGAUAAUAUAAAUGUAUGGCGAGGACGAGUUAUCAACUACUACAGGCAGCAAUGACAAAUAAAACCUAACCAACCAAUGUCAAGGAAUGGUGUGUAGAAAUCGGAGCAUAUACCUAUGUAUUACUUAUACAUAAUCAAAUAGAUACAACUGAAAAUGAAACACAAUAAAAUUACUAUCAAAUGUGCAAAAUAAUUUUAAACAAAA